CGUCUCCUGUGGGUGGAUGCAAGGGUACGCCUUGCAGUGUCCUUGAAGUUCUCAUCAAGAGCAAUUCUUGCGACAAGCAAUCUCCGGCCCACGUCUAUGUUGUCUGUACACGCCAGCUGGAGGGUAUAUAUAGAUUUAGGUGUUUCUGCGACGCAUGUAUCUAAACUUUUUCAGAUCUCAGAACUCUUUCUUGACAACCGUUCCUGGUGAAGGGAACCUCAGCCGCAGACCCCUUUCUCUCCUUAAGACACCGCCAUCCCUAUUUCUAUACUCUUCUCGUCUCUUUUUCUCUCCCUCUAUCCCUUCUCUGACCCGUUAAAAGAUAUAUACAUCGCUUUGCAUUCUAGAAUCUUGUCUUUCCUCUCUCUCCACGUAGAACCCCAUAGAAUUUAUUCUUUGCUGGAUUCCGAUUCUCACCGAUUCGCCUAGUUCCCUACUCGGAACUCUCCAACCUUUUUUCUUAGUACCAUACCAUCACAAUCUGAUGAGUUAAAAAACUUUUUCAAAUUCUGCACUUUUCACCAGCCUUUCAAUAAUCUAUAUAUAUAUUUCUAUUCUCAGGAUAUCCAGUAUAUCUUAAUCCCUGGUUGUCCUACUUGCUAUUGGUAUUGGUGGUUGGAAGUGGUGGAUGGUGCUAAUAGAUGGAUGCUUCGGGGGGAAGUCCGUUCUUGCAGGGCCGGCGGUCGGAGAGGUGCUUCGAAGAGAGCUUCCGGUCGACGGGGCCAGCGAUGCCCCGACCGAAUGAUGCGGCCGGGCAGCCGAGUCGCCGGCCGGCCGACACGGCUGACUUUGUGGACGAUGAUAGUUGGAUUACUGUCAUCCUGUCAGUUGUUAGGAUUGCUGCUUGCUUUCUGUCGAUGAUGGUUACCACCAUCGUGUGGGGUGUGAUCAUGCUGGUGUUGCUCCCUUGGCCAUAUGCUCGGAUCAGGCAGGGAAACUUGUAUGGUCAUGUUACCGGGCGGAUGCUGAUGUUGAUCUUAGGGAACCCGAUAACAAUAGAAGGUUCUGAAUUCUCUAACACAAGGGCCAUCUACAUCUGUAAUCAUGCAUCACUUAUAGACAUUGUUCUCAUCAUGUGGUUGAUUCCAAAGGGUACCGUUAUGAUCGCUAAAAAAGAGAUCAUUUGGUACCCACUCUUAGGGCAGAUUUUUGCACUGGCAAACCAUCUGCGAAUAGACCGGUCCAACCAAUCUACCGCCAUUGAGUCAAUUAAAGAGGUAGCUCGUGAAAUUGUCAAGAAAAACUUAUCGCUGAUCAUUUUUCCAGAGGGUACUCGAUCAAAAACAGGAAGGCUUCUUGCAUUUAAGAAGGGUUUUGUUCACAUAGCACUUCAGACCCGGUUGCCGAUAGUUCCAAUGGUGCUGACCAGUACUCAUCUAGCUUGGAGGAAGAACAGUUUGCGAGUCAGACCAACUCCUCUCACAGUGAAAUACCUCCCACCCAUAAAAACUGAUGAUUGGGAAGCAGAAAAGGUCAAUGAUUAUGUGGAAAUGGUACAUGCCUUGUACGUGGAUCACCUGCCGGAGUCUCAAAAACCUUUGGUAUCAAAUGGGAGGGAUGUCAGCAGCAGGUCAAGUUCAUAAGAGUAGGUCUCCUCGUGUAUUAUCUUGGUUAUUAUAUGUAAAUUGUUUCAGAAAUUUGUUUAUGCCUUUCCGUUUUUCCAAGUACCAUCAGGUGGAUUAGAGAAACUUGGAUGCUUCAUAAUGUGUAUGGUAGAUCAAUUGGCAGCCAGCAGCACGGUUCAAAGCUUUCAUUUGAAAGUAGGUUAUGUUAUGCUCUCAUGGUAACAGAGUAGCUGACUUCUUAGGGUGGAUUAGUUCCACGGCACAAGAUAAGCAUAUCGGACUUGGUAUAAUUGCUGUUCCAGAAUGACUCAAGUCAUCUUUUCUGAAAAUAAAAGAUCAAUUGCCAUCAUGCGGUCGGUCUGGCUAAAGAUGACUACCCUCCUUGUGCCUGACUUGCUUGCGUUUCACCAGAGCUCCGUGCAGAUGUUCGAUCUUCUGUGCCAUUAUAUGUCAGGCAUUCUCAUUCAUGGCGUAGCCACAAACUUACCAUGAUGUCUUGUCUCAGCUAUAGAGCCAGCUUUGUAAAUCGUAAUGUGCCAAUCUGUGUUGUUGAAAUCUUGUAAGCUUUUUAUAAUUCUGAUCAAUGUCUCAGGAUGCAGAUUAAACAUAUGGUAUUCCUGCUGACAGCUUUUUCAGCACAAAUAACAUUAGCUUUUCUUCA